UUCUCUCUCUCUCUCUCUCCUGGUGGCUGGCACUUGGAAACUUCUCUCCCAGUCAGUCCCAGCUGUAACACCACCACCAACCACUGUCUUCAUCAUCACCACCGCCAUCAACAUCCCUCUGAAGACCUUCCCUCCUUCGCAUAGAACAUAUUAAAGCUUUUUGGAGCACAAUCACAAUGCAGCAGCUGCAGACGAGGACAGUCCAAGUAAAACAACUAUCAGAUCUAGCUAGUGAUAGAGAAAUUCACGAGUUCUUCUCAUUCUCUGGAGAAAUCGAACGCAUUCAGAUCCAACGUGAGCCUGGACAAUCAAAGACUGCAUUUGUUACUUUCAAGGAUCCCAAAGCUCUUGAAAUCGCGUUGUUGUUAUCGGGAGCAACAAUAGUAGAUCAGAUCGUGAUUAUAUCUCCAGUUGAAAAUUAUGUACCAAAAACUGAGGUGCUGGAAGUAAGGAUGGUGGAAAGUGCUGUUUGUGCUGCUCCUGGUGGAAUUCUUUCACCAAAUGCUGAGGUAGCCAUUGACACCACCACAUAUCUCAAGCAGGAUAGAAAUAGCUCGCCUACCAAUGGAAGGGUGUAUGUUAAUAGAGCACAAGAUGUGGUGACCUGUAUUGUCGCGAAAGGUUCAGCUAUUGGACAAGAUGCCGUGAACAAGGCUAAAGCAUUUGAUGAAAAACAUCGGUUGACAGCAAGUGCAUCAGAGAAGGUUAUUUCCUUUGACAAGAGAGUGGGUCUCACAGAGAAAUUAACAGUAGGCUUUUCCGUGGUUAAUGAGAAAGUGAAGUCUGUUGAUCAAAGGCUUCAUGUCUCAGAUAAAACAAUGGCAGCAAUAUUUGCAGCAGAGAGAAAAUUGAAUGAUACGGGGUCAGCUGUCAAAACAAGCAGGUAUGUGACUGCUGGAGCAGCCUGGUUAAAUGGUGCUUUUGGUAAGGUGGCAAAGGCAGGACAGGCUGCAGGUACGAAAACCAGAGAAAAGUUCCAUAUGGCUGUGUCAAACUUGACUGCAAAGGAACCUCCAAUUGCUGCAUAAGCCAAAGGAUUUGAGGUGGCAGAAACUAACCUCGACGCGCAUUCUUUCAUGAACACAUUCGACAACCAUGUUGCUCUAGUGAUCAAUUUGAGGACAGAUGUCCCCCAAAACAGAUUGCAGGUUUGGUAUGGAUUGGGAUGAAUCAUGCAAGCUCCCUUUAUGAUUCACUCUGUAUGGUUUGAUGUGUGCACUCAAGUUUUGCAUUCAUUUUUAUUUUUCUUUAUAUCAAUUCAAUUCAUAGGGUAUUGAGCCUGUGGCUUCAUUUGUAAUUUUUCUGUAAGUUUGUUGAGUGAAAGAACUUAUAUGUUAUAUAUGUAAAAAGAACGGAAAAGGCAAUUGGAUUGAGAAGAAAGAGGUCAGAAUCGUGAGGACA